AUGGGAAUAGCUAAAUGCCGAGAGAGAGCAGCGCAGUCAGUGUGGUACCCACAGAUUGGGAAAGACAUAAAGGAAAGAGUGGCAAAUUGUCGACAGUGCUUGGAAGAGAGAGCAUCCCACCCCAAAGAGCCUCUGCUUCCAACGCCACUUCCCAACAGGCCAUUUGAGAAGGUAGCACUUGACCUGUUUGAACUGAAAGGUCAGUCAUUCGUUGUGGUCACCGACUACUAUUCACGUUAUCCAGAAAUUGGGUACUUGCCCAACCAGAAAGCCUCAACAUUAGUCAUGAAACUGAAAACCAUCUUUGCGAGACAUGGCAUCCCAGAGACAGUAGUCAGUGACAAUCAGACCAAUCUUACGUCACACGAAUUUCAACGAUUUGCCCAAGACUGGGGUUUCCAGCAUAUUACCAGUUCCCCACACUUUCCAUCUGGGAACAGAGCGGCAGAGUGCAGAGUCAAACUGUCCAAGCGCCUGUUAAGGCAAGAAGACUAUGCUCUGGCAUUGUUGACGUACAGAGCUACGCCAAUACCAGGACUGGGGACUAGCCCGGCAGAGCUAGUGAUGGGGAGGAAAAUGAAGACGAUACUCCCAACACUUCCCACAGUUUUACAGCCUUGCGCAGUCAACACGCAUCUGCUGCGCGAAAAGGACAGAGUCUACAAGCAGAAACAAAAGUCCUACCAUGACAGACACUUCGGAGCUUGGGCCUUGUCUGAGCUUAGACCAGGUGAUCCGGUUUUCAUCAAACUGGAUGGACAACAGGGUUGGAAGUAG